CUCUGGAAGCUCAUUUUGUACCUCUGGUGAAGCGCCUGGCGAGUGGGGAUUGGUUCACUUCUCGCACAUCUGCGUGUGGUUUGUUCAGCGUUUGCUAUCCCAGGGCUUCGAAUGCUGUCAAAGCAGAAAUUAGACAGCACUUCCGUUCCUUGUGCUCAGAUGACACUCCAAUGGUACGACGUGCUGCUGCUUCCAAAUUGGGCGAAUUUGCAAAAGUUUUGGAAUUAGACAGUGUGAAAAGUGAAAUUGUUCCACUGUUCACUAAUCUAGCUUCAGAUGAACAAGAUUCAGUGCGUCUCCUAGCUGUGGAAGCUUGUGUCAGCAUUGCCCAGUUACUGUCUCAGGAGGACCUCGAGGCUUUGGUGAUGCCUACACUUCGGCAAGCAGCAGAAGAUAAAUCUUGGAGGGUUCGCUACAUGGUAGCUGACAAGUUUUCAGAGCUCCAGAAAGCUGUGGGUCCUAAAAUCACCCUAAAUGACCUCAUCCCCGCCUUUCAGAACUUACUUAAAGACUGUGAAGCUGAAGUCCGAGCAGCUGCCGCCCACAAAGUAAAAGAACUUUGUGAGAACUUGCCCUCUGAAGGUAGAGAGACCAUAAUUAUGAAUCAAAUUCUGCCCUGUAUAAAGGAAUUAGUAUCUGAUACAAAUCAACACGUCAAAUCGGCUCUAGCGUCUGUGAUUAUGGGACUGUCUACCAUUUUGGGCAAAGAGAAUACCAUUGAACAUCUUCUGCCUCUGUUUUUAGCUCAGUUAAAGGAUGAGUGUCCAGAAGUUCGUUUGAAUAUCAUCUCUAACUUGGACUGUGUAAAUGAAGUGAUUGGGAUCCGUCAACUCUCUCAGUCUCUCCUUCCUGCCAUAGUGGAGCUGGCUGAAGAUGCCAAGUGGAGGGUCCGGCUGGCCAUCAUUGAGUAUAUGCCACUGCUGGCGGGCCAGCUGGGUGUGGAGUUCUUUGACGAAAAGCUGAAUUCUUUAUGUAUGGCCUGGCUUGUGGACCAUGUGUAUGCCAUCCGUGAAGCUGCCACCAACAACCUCAUGAAACUCGUUCAGAAGUUUGGUACAGAGUGGGCCCAAAAUACCAUCGUUCCCAAAGUGCUAGUAAUGGCAAAUGAUCCUAAUUACUUGCACAGAAUGACCACUUUAUUCUGCAUUAAUGCACUGUCUGAAGCCUGCGGUCAGGAAAUCACCACUAAGCAGAUGCUGCCCAUCGUAUUGAAAAUGGCAGGAGACCAAGUAGCGAAUGUCCGUUUCAAUGUGGCCAAAUCUCUUCAGAAAAUUGGACCAAUUCUAGAUACUGAUGCUCUGCAGGAGGAAGUGAAGCCAGUGCUACAGAAGUUAGGUCAAGAUGAGGACAUGGAUGUCAAAUACUUUGCACAGGAAGCCAUAAGCGUGCUUGCGUUGGCAUAAUGAGGAACAGGAGGGAAAAGACUUUACUAAAUUCUUAUCACAGAUUUCUAGUCAAUGUGUUCUUAAACUGGGUGGAGAAAAAGUGGAAAACCUUCAAGACCUCAUCCAAGCAGAUGGCAGCAACUUACAAGAGAUCAAAUUUCAGUGACUUCAUUCUUUCUAAAGAUGAAAUGGGAUUGUUUUUUACUCGUCGUCUUUUUUGGGAUAAUUCUAUUGAAAGCAUUCUCAUUGUUUGUGACCAGUUCCUGACACUUGGUGCAGUCAUUUCUUGAUUGUCUCCUGCUGAUCUGUCGGCACCAUGCGGGCUCCUGCAUCGCGCUGUGGAAUCAGGCCCUGGCCGCUUGCUGUUCCCGACCAAGCCUGGAUGGGUUUGGACCCAGACAGGGAGUGGAGUGAUUCUCUUGAUGUUUACAUGUAUCCGUGUGUCUCUCCAUCAUUCCAAAGUUAAAUGUACAUGGUUUAGAAUAACUUAUUUCAUAAACCCUCUAUUUGGGAGACCUGUGGAGAUGUAACUGUAUGGUCUGCCUCAGCGUCUCUCACGAGAGGGAAGUGUGGAAGCUCAGGGUUCAUGUAUUGGUUGUUUUGGUUUUUAUUUGCUUGAUUUUCACUGUAAUCAUGUCAUUCGGAAACCUGGAGUACACGUGCAUCUCGCCGCUCACAUGUGGUGCUGGAAGUUCCCCGGAUGCCGGUGGCUCAGCACUGUGGCUGCUUCACAAACACUGGGCCCCCCCCCCGCCCCCGCCCCGAGACACGACAGCGUAGCGCCUCCCUGAUAAGCAGUCAUCUUACUGCUUCACGGUAAGGUCGCCAUUCAGUGUUUGAUGAGUAGGGCAGUGUUGUGAGGGUUUCCUGCUCUGGACCUGGAGCCUGUUGCCGUUGGGUCCUUGCUGCCGUAGCUUCGCACUGACGUCUCGGGACGGGUGAUGCCAGACCCCACUCAGGGUUUGCAGUGUUCUUUGUUGUUCUACGGUAAAACCUCGUUAAUGUCUCCUGGAAUUUAAGACAGUGAGUGAAACUGAAGGGUUUGCUGAAGCCAAUUAAUAGUAUGUAAGGAAGCCUGUUGUAUCUGAACUACUGAAGUAAUUUUAAAAAGCUCUAAAAGGCACCCUUUUACCAGUUGACAUGCCCAUUACUGAUCACUCUUCAGUUUUAUUAAAAUAACUUCCAUGGGGAUUGGUAAUAGGCUACACCUUUUUUUUUAGAUGUAUUCAUUUUACUCUUUAUCUCUGAAAUACAUAUGUAUGUAUUUCAUGGAGAAUUGAGUAUUUUUUCUUUUAGAUUUAAUUACAUUUUUCGUCUAAUCAAACUCAACUUGUCCUAAUGAAUUUUAAUUAAUGAGGUUUUGUAGCUUAUUUUUUGCUCUUUAUAUGUUGCUGUUUGGUUUCCUUGUUUCCAUUUUGGUUUUUGAAUUGGUUCUUUGAUUCGGUGAGCCCACUGAGCCCUGUUGUUUUGUGAGGUUCGGCAAACUGCUAUAAACCUUUGGACGUGAAAUCAUUACAUAAAACCAAGUUUGACCAGAUGCUUCCAGGUUUAUCUUACCUUAGAGAAACAUUUGAACCUUUUAAAUCAGACAUUACUCUGCCUGCAUUUAAAACUGUCAGCCUACCUUGUAGAAGUGUCUAUUUUAUUACUUUUUGGGCCAAGGAUUCAGUGUAUUCCUGUGCAAAAAACUUUUGUACAUUCUUGUUUUAAUAUCUUAAACUAUUCUGCUAUAAACAUUUUAACUUUAGUUUUGUGCUGCUUUUUGUUAUUAUCUCCGGGUUAGGUUCCACUUCAGUGAAUUGCAUGUUUGAGAGACCAUUGUCUUGAUUCUUGAAACAGACUUGCACAACUGCUGCUUUACUCUUUGGUUGGAAAUGCCAUUGGCUUGGGGAUGGACUUUUCAAUGUCCUUUAGACUUCAGAUGUACUCCUUGGGGAGCCUGAGUGUUGGCCUGUCCCUCUAAGGUGGUGAUAAAGGGGAGACAGGAGCCUUGGCUCUCAGGCAUGGGUCUGGGAGCUAAGUGGGCUCUGUCUUUUUGGGUGACCCCUUAGCGACUUCAUCGACUCUUUCUAAGUAAUAGGGAAUCCCUUUUGCCACUCAGGGGAAUUGUUCUUUGGCUCGUACCGGUCCUGUUAACCAUGGAUCGGUUUUCCUAUCUUGAUUUCACUAGCGUGUCUGCUGCAGGAGCUGCGUCAGGGCAGGGAUUUUUGUCUGUUCUGUCUCCUGCUGUAUUGCCAGCACCUAGAUCAUUGUCUGGUGUACAUAGUAGGUGCUCAAUAAAAGUGUGUUUCAUGAAUCUCUAAAAUCUGUCCUCUGAUGUGUUGCGUGCGAGGAACAAGUCAUUGAAGGUACCACACUACGGCUCAUCCUCCCCCGGCACAAUGGAAGGAUUUUGCAACUCGUAAACAAGCUUCGGGUCAUCCUUCCCCAGGGUCCCCCACUCCAGCCACGGUUCCGUUGGGGUUUGCAUGACGACCUGGGAUGUACACUGCCAACGGGUUUUCAUCCUCAGCCGUCAGUGUCCAUUGGUCAAUGAGGAAAGUGAAGCAGAGACACAGCAAGCUGACCCCAAUAAAGAUGUCUCCUCAA